UCUAAUCACAUAAGUAUGUGAACGUGAGGCGAACCUCGUUGCUGUUCUUCCUCUCUUUAGAACCAAUGGGAAAUGUUUCCUAAUGCUAGUGCUUCACCAUUUUUUUUCUGAAAUACCUGUUUCCAUAUAUAUGUUAGUUCAUUUUGGGACAUAUUCAUGCUAUGGCACCCAGAAAAAUAUUAGUGGUGAGGGAAAAUACCGACAAAAUAAAAAGGCAACGAAGUAUAAAAGUGGCAGAAAGAAACAACUGAUACUGUACUUUGCAUAAAAAUUUAUCCUGACAUACCUGUUUCCAUAUGUAUAUAUGUUAGUUCAUUUUGGGACAUAUUCGUACUAUGGUACUCAGGAAAAAUUAGUGAGGGCGAGGGAAAAUAACUGUUAUUGCGUGGAAGAGACGACGACACAUAAGCUAACCCAGUGUUUUAUCUCCACCUCGUGUGCUCUCUCUACAUCCCAUAAUACUCUAGACUGGUGUCCAAUCCCCUAACAAUAAUGACGAAAUAAAAAGGCAACGAAAUAUAAAAGUGGUAGAAAAAAACACCAGAUACUCCACUUCGCAUAAAAAAAAUUAUCAAUGAGCUUGUUCUAUUAUUGAUAAAACCAUUUCUUACAUACGCCUGUAUGGGGCAUUCAAACAACACUACAAUACUCUUAAAGCUUUUCAACCCAAUAAUAGGAAUUUAAAAAUAGCAAAAUACAAAAUUGCAUCAAUCAAAACAAACUUCUCAGGACACAACAAUAUCUACAUGUAAACUAUCAAUUCCCCGUAUCCACCCUGCACUAGACACAUGUUCGCAUUGCGGACCUAUUUUUUAACAGUCUACCGUGAAAGCUACCUGGGCACCAGUCUCAAAGAUUAACCCCUGGAGGUUUUUAAAAACAAUUUAGCAGUUAACGGCUGUCCUGCAGGGAAAAUGUUUUACCUGAUUUUGUACGUAGCAGGUACCUUGGUUUGGCUAUUGUUACUCGUGGUAUGUGUUUUUGCGGUAUACUUGCUUCAUACAAGACGUAAAUUUGCCCACAUCCCAAGUCCACCGAUGUCAAGCUUUUUUAUGGGGCAUGUGGAUGAUAUAGCUCAAUGUCGUCGUAGUGGAGAGCACAGCCAUUACAAAUUCCUUGAAUGGCAUUUGGAAUAUGGCAAGGUUGUGCUUGUUUGGUUAGCAUUUAAACCGUUUGUUUUAGUAGCUGAUCCAGGGCUUAUAAAGGAUAUUCUCAUAGUAAAGAAUCUUCCAAAACAUCCAGCAUUCUUUGCAAAUGCUUCCUAUCUCUAUGGACAAAGAUAUCUUGGUGAUGGGAUGCCAUUCAACACAGACGAAAAGUCUUGGAAAAAAAGACGUGUAGUGUUGGAGCCAGCUUUUCAUUACAAGUAA